CGGGGGGAGGAAAUCAGCUGUGCCGCAGCAAGGCAAAUUGGUGCUGUGACGUUGUCGUGGAAACGGUCCUCUAGCGACAAGGCAAGGAGCCAAUACAGAUUCUUACUGAUAAAUAGUUGAUUUAUUUUAUUUUUUAUUUAUUUAACUAGACAAGUUAGAGAACAAGAACAAAUUCAUAUUUACAAUGACGGCCUAUGAACAGUGGCAGAACGACAGAUUUUAACCUUGUCAGGUCGGGGAUUCGAUCUGCAACCUUUCGGUUACUGGACCAACGCUCUAACCACUAGGCUACCUGCCGCCCCAACCGAAUCAUUGUUGGCAACACUGGCUACAAUACGAGGAGUGGUUGUUGGUGGAGUUAAACCUAUUUGCGUCUCUGUGCUAUCAAGACGAGGAGGGGAGGCUAUCUUGAGGGCAAAUGAUUGUUCUUCAAGGGAUUAACAGAUACUCUGAAUGAUGAUUAAGAAUCACGAAGAAGAUGAGUUUGUUGCUGUGCGGGUCCAAGAUCCUCGGGUUCAGAAUGACGGAUCUUGGAAUUCAUACGUAGAUUUCAAGAUAUUCCUACAUACCAACAGCAAGGCUUUCACGGCCAAGACGUCAUGUGUGCGCCGUCGCUACAGUGAGUUUGUCUGGCUCAAGAAGAGGAUGCAGAAGAACACUGGCUUGGUACCUGUCCCAGAUCUGCCCAGCAAGCCCUUCUUCUCCUCUAGUGGUGAGGACUUCCUGGAGAAGAGGAGGAAAGGCCUGCAGUCCUUUCUGGACAAAGUGUGUAGCAUGACAGUAUGUCUGUCAGAUAGCCAGCUCCACCUCUUCCUGCAAACCCAACUGCCGGUUGGUCACAUCCUGGACUGUGUGCAGGGCCACACCCCCUACACUGUGACAGAGGCCAUCCUCACCUACGGCUCAUCCAAUGAGGGCCGGGUUCCAGAAGAGGACUCAGCCCAGGACCCGAUUCUUACUCCAGUUCCUUAUGAGUCCAUGGAGAGCCCUGUUCCUCAUCUACCUACCCUGCGAUGUGAAGAGCCCCUCACCCCUGUGAACCUCACCUCCAGUGAGCCAGAGGGCCUACGGACUGAGAAGUUCCUAGCUGACCCCCAUGACAUAGACGCUGUAGAGUUCAAGCUCGGUGAGAACACUUCCUCAGAGGUCACCCAAGAGGACCACGAUGUAGUCCAUGUAGAGGCCGCCCUGGAGACACACAGCCCAGUGGAGACUAUCUAUAAGUGGGAAGGCCAUGAAGACUCUACCCCAGAAAGGUGGUGUGAGGUGAUCCACCACCAAGGGGAUUGUCAACAGCAGACACUUGUGGAAGCGUACUCUGAAAAGUACACCGGCUUGGAGGAGGAGUGUGUAAUGGAGGUGAAGAAUGAGAGGGUCAUUGAGGAGACCCAUACAGACACGACUACACAGACAAUCCCUCCCAAACAGAGUAGCCCAGAGCUAGACAUCCAUGAGGAAACUCCUCAAGAUGGCCUAAGGGAGACCGUUCUAGAGGACCUUAACCCUGCGGAGGAAGCUCAAGAAACAACCUCCGAAGGGGACAGUGACAAAGACAUAGUAACAGCCAUUGAGCUGGACAGCCAAGGACACAAGGAUGAGAUCAACUCCCACGUAGAGAUCAGCCUAGAGGUGGAAAGUGUUGAUGACUCAACCCAAAAGGUAGAAAUCGAUGACUCAUCUUGAGGUGGAAAGUGGCGAUGAGGCAACCCAAGGGAAGACUCCCUUGGACAUUCAACAAGUAGAUAAUCAGCUGGACACAACAGAAGAGGUUGAUAGUGAUGAGGAAAUUAAUGGAGAGGACGGGGAGAGUCUUGGGAAUGGGGAGACUACCACAACCGAUGGGAGUAAUAAGGAGAGCGACAACAAGGACACGAGACAAAUGGCUACAUGGAGUCAGCUCCUGAGAAGGGACAUCACAAAUCAGACCACACAGAAGCAGAAGAAGUCAUCAACAACAGACAUUCUAAAGUCUGAAACUAACCAAGAUCCCUCACAUGAAGAAAUAACACCUGAGGUACCCAAUGCUCAGUGGACCAAUGGUGUCAAAGUCGGAGAGGGAAUUAGUCUAACUCAACCAGCUGUGUUGCCCCAAUGGCAUUGUGGCAAAUCAUUUGGCAGUUAAUUCACAUGCCUUCUGAAUGCUGUGUGAUCCAGAACUGUGAUGCUGUUUAAACGUGAUUACUUGAGUUUGGUGUGGGUGAAUGCUACUCAAGACACUUGCAACUUAUCAUGCAAUCAACUUUGACUGUGUCUUAUUCAUAAGUUCUGGGGGGGAAAAGUGUCAUCCUGCAUGCGUUCCCUUAGCCAUUCUGUGUUGCUGUUGUGGGUCGGGUUUCUGGGUUCAGCUUGAACAAACGAGGAUGAGUGUCGUUCCACCUAAAAGCACAAGAAUUGUGCUGAAACAGGUUUCAUUCCAGAAACAUUAUUCUGUGGAAAUGUAAUUUGAUCUCUGAGAAAUAAAUACAGUACCUAACAUCC